AUGUGCUAUCAUGUACAGUGUCGGAGAAUGUCGUCUCGCUGGCGAAGCUGCAAAUGCCCACCACCUCCCCCCCCUGCUUCCAUGGCACGCCAUCUGGAGACCUCCCCUGUCCGAGCUUGUCCUCUCCUGGACCUCGACAUGUCGAAUUGAUGGUAUGGGGAAUUAAUCGUCUGUAUUAUUCCCGGGACCCCUUGGAUCACUUGACUUGGCCUGAAGCUUUUCCUCAUAAUUAGCAUACAUAACACUCUGCUUGCCAUGCCUCAUUUCUGACUGAUCAAAUUCGCUUCCCGCCCUCGUUUAAAUAACGCUACAUCGAAGAAACUCUUACGCUCACAUAAACCCUCAACGAGAAAAACGCUAUGCCUUCUCUGAGCACCCUUUUGGCUACGGCCGCUCUUCUCCUCUCCUCGGUUCAAGCCCAGGAGCAGUAUUCCAUUGAUCCCUCUACUGUCCCGCUGAGCACCAGAGACAACUGGUGUGACCAGGAGAAGAGCACAUGCCCUCUGAUUUGCCAGCAAUCGCCACCGGGAGGUUACCAGGUCAACGACUGUGAUCCUAUGGCUCUGACAUAUGGCUGCGUCUGUGAGGACGGCAAGUCGCCGAAUCUCUCCGAGUACUCGCUCACUCUGCCAUUCUUCAUCUGCCAGGAAUGGGGCACCCAAUGCGUGGCCAAGUGCAGUGGCGAUGCAUCCUGCGCGAGCGACUGCCGAGAGAACCACCCGUGCGGUGCCCAGAAUCCAACGCGAGUCAACGAGACGAAGACAGCAACCACUGCCACUGAAACAGCAGCGGCUACAACCAGUGCGGGUCAGAUAUUUGAUGGUCUAGGUGACGGCGACUCGAACUCGGAUUCAGACUCGAACAAGAACGGUGCCUCUUCCCUCCUGCAGUACGGCACUAUCGUUGGUGGUCUUGCUUUGUCCGCGUGCGUUGGCCUGGGCUCUCUCCUUCUCUAAAUCCCGGAGGGCGUGAUGGGAUACUCGAUGUGCACGGGAAACGGAUUCCAAGAUGACGCUCGCACGCGAUUGUUUUUGCAUCUUGGCCGGCUUAUUGCCCAUGACGAGCCAAACGGUGCUAGAUGAGAUUGAUUUACCACUAAAGCGACUGGCGUUGGGAACAACCGCAAGCUCAUUUCAGGAAUAAUUGUUUGAAUCAUGAUGGGCAUCUCUGAGGUUUUACGAUGCGGAUAGAGUUACUGCCAUUUGUUUUCCCCAGCACAGACAGACAGUCCCCCUACCUUACUACACUUAAUAAUUUACAAGAUAAUCCUGCUGUCUAACUAGUCAUGAAAGAGUCUGCCACACUCCGCUAAAUAUCCGAGGAUCCCUGCCCAUCCCCUUGUCGCAUGUUAGGGGUAGCAUCAGGGAUCUUUUGACAGUGGGUCUACCUAGUGUGUGCGUUUUUGCGGCGCUCCUUGAUCCAGACACAGUAAUACGUAGGCAGGCAGUAUAUAAAUCUUGGCAAGAAUACCACCGCAGAAGCAAGUUUUGGACCAACAGUUUGAAUUCACUCCUGGCAAAGUCUCGGUAGAUCAAUCUUGGUUGAUGGCGGUGUUGGGGAAGGGUGAGGGCGGCUCGGAUCUAGAUUAGGUACCUAAGGUACAGACAGCCCGGUACAGAAUAUUCUCGGAAGCCCCUAAGCCACCUACAUGUACCUACCUAGGUACCUAGGUAGGU